AGACGCAAUACACAUACAGCCCCUCUUGCCCACACCACCUCGCUGAACCGGAAGACCCGCACACACACGCCACUUGUAGACCAUGGCGCCCCGGGUGGCGGACAAGUCGCCUCUACCGCCGGCCACCGGCCUGGGGCUGGGCGUUGGCGGAGGAGUCGGAGGCGUGGGCAUGGGCCCGCACUACAGAGGCGUGAGGAAGCGUCCAUGGGGACGCUACGCCGCCGAGAUCCGCGACCCUGCCAAGAAAAGCCGUGUGUGGCUCGGCACGUACGACACGGCCGAGGAGGCCGCCAAGGCGUACGAUUCCGCCGCCCGCGAGUUCCGAGGCGCCAAGGCCAAGACGAACUUCCCGUUCCCCUCCCAGUGCUCCGUCGCCUCCGGUGCUGCCGGUAGCGCCAGUAGCAACAGCACCGUGGAUUCGAGCGGUGGCGGUAGCGGCUGUGGCAUCCAGGCGCCUAUGCAGGCCAUGCCGCUUCCUCCGGCUCUCGAUCUCGACCUCUUCCAUCGGGCGGCCGCCGUGAACGCAGUCUCCACCGGCAUGCGGUUUCCGUUCAAGGGCUAUCCUGUCGCCUGCCCGACGCCACAGCAGUACUUUUUCUACGAGCAGGCGGCUGCCGCGGCAUCCGGAUACCGGAUGCUCAAGGUCGCUCCACCGGCCGUGACUGUGGCCGCGGUUGCGCAGAGCGACUCCGACUCGUCGUCUGUGGUUGAUCACUCCCCUUCGCCUCCCGCGGUGACGGCAAACAAGGUGGGCUUCGAACUGGAUCUGAACUGGCCCCCGCCGGCAGAGAACUAGGCAGGCCGGAGUUUUUGGCUGACGACUUAGUAGCUUCCUUUUCCCUUUUGCCUUCAUCAGGAAUGUUACUUGUGGUUGUUUUGGUCCUGUAUGGCUGUAUUCUUGUUCUGUAGACUAAGAGAUGGGGAGUCUUGUAAAUAUUUUUUUUCCGUCGAGACGGAAAUGAACUGAGAUCUGUUCGUCUGUC